CCCCGCGCCAAAGGCCAGCAAACGCCGCGCGCCCCGCCGCGCGCCUUGCCUCCUCCGUGCGGCCGCCCAAUGGCCAGUGGCAGCCCUGCCAAGAUGGACAGCAGCGCCAGCCAGCCGCCGCCUCCCCCGCCGUUCCUCCAGCCCGCCUGCUUCUUCGCGGCCGCUGCAGCGGCCGCCGCCGCAGUAGCCGCUUCACAAAGCGCGCAGCAGCAGCUGAGGCCGGCGGCGGGCGGCCAACAGAACCAGCCCUCUCCGGGCGCCGCCAAAGCGCCUGCUGCGGCUGCGCCGAAGCAGCCUCAGCAGCAGGUCAAGAGGCAGCGCUCGGCGUCGCCGGAGUUGAUGCGCUGCAAGAGACGCCUCAACUUCAGCGGUUUCGGCUACAGCCUCCCUCAGCAGCAGCCGGCGGCGGUGGCGCGGCGGAACGAGCGGGAAAGGAACCGCGUCAAGCUCGUCAACCUGGGCUUCGCCACCCUCCGCGAGCACGUCCCCAACGGCGCCGCCAACAAGAAGAUGAGCAAAGUGGAGACGCUGCGCUCGGCCGUCGAGUACAUCCGAGCCCUCCAGCAACUGCUCGACGAACACGACGCCGUCAGCGCCGCCUUCCAGGCCGGCGUCCUCUCGCCCACCAUCUCCCCCAAUUACCCCAACGACAUGAACUCCAUGGCAGGCUCGCCUGUCUCCUCGUACUCCUCGGACGAAGGGUCCUACGAUCCCCUCAGCCCCGAAGAGCAGGAACUGCUGGAUUUCACCAACUGGUUCUGAGAGGCCCUGGUGGCCCCUUGCCGCGUUGACUUUGCAGCAGGACUUCCUGGAAAAUCAUUCCAUCUUACUACUACUACUUUCCCCUUUCGUUGUGGAAAGGAAAGGAAAGCCAAGACACUGAAUGAAGCACAGAAGGAAAUAAACUUCCUCUCCACAAAACCUGAAGCACUCCCAAAUUCUGUCUUUGCACUCCAGCUGUUUAAAGAGACAUGCAGCCCGGGUCUGUGGGCAUUUACUAGGAAAUAAAGUCCACUGAACUGAAUAGGACUUACUAUUCCCAAUAAGUAUGCAUAGAAUUACAGACCAAUGAUUCAAUCUCUUAUACACUUACUGAAAGUGUAGCUUGCUUGCAAGUAAAGAUGUAAAAUCAGGCUGCACACAAUGGACCCAGAAGCAAAAAGGAGAGCUGUGAUGUGAAAAUAUCUAUCUACCUAUUCUUUACCCCAAAGUUAAGUUAUACUGCCUAUUUCACUACUGCCUACUCAUAAAUCUUCAACAGAAGUAGAAGCUUCCCUUUUUACUGAAAUACAGUAUUGCCUCUACCCCUUUCCAAAAAAUGUUUUCACUACCUUCUGGCCAUAAAUUGAAACACAAGCUAAUUAUAUGUGUCAGAAAGUAACAGGAUUCAUUCAGAUAGAACUAUUAUGUGGUCAGACCAACAUUAAGCAUAUUUGCUAAAUUCAGAAAUCUGUGUGAGAGGGCCUGCAAUCCUGGUUGCCUAAUGCUUGGGAAGCUGUGGAAACUCCAAACUAUGCUCUACUCAAAGAAUUGUCUGAAAUGUCCUAUCUUUGUCUACUGUCCAACUACCAUGCCCAUUAUAAAAUGCUUCCAUUUUUUUCUUGCAAACUUUUUAUUAUAUAAAAAAAAUCUAUUUGUAUCAAGCCUAACCAAUUUGGGGGAUAUAUUAAGCUAUUUUUGUAUAUAAGAGCCAGAAAAAUUUAUAGCCUUUUUUGUACAAAUGGUAUAAAAUAUGUAUAUCUUGAUAACUUUUUUAAAGAUAUGUGAUGCUUAUUACCUCUUCCUGUCUAGAUAUGUGUGUGUAGACAAUAUGACCUUACAACUGCCAUGUUUUUGUUAUGUGGUUUUGUAAAGGACUUGGAAAUGCCUCCAAAUGUACUUUAGCACCAAUGUGUCUUACUUUUUUAUAGAAAGUUUGCUAAUGUAUUAAUAAACAAUGUUCAAAAUGAACAAACUUUAUGCAGCUAUUGUCC